AUGUUACAGUUACGGUUAAUAUCUAGUUUAAGAAACUCGUCAAGCACUUGGAAGUCACAGGGACUUUAUCGCAACUUCUCAACCUUGACUAAAAAACCAACUCUUAUCAAGAAUGCCCCACAAAUCCUCAGUAAAAAUCACACAUCCGAUUGGUGCGAACGAGAUGUAUCCGUUGCUCAUUUCACACUUGUAACGGAAUCCGACAGCGUUGUUCUUGUACAUGCGGUCAAUAGUCUCUCCGUGCUUAACGAAUUGAGCCUGAGCAUCCUGUUCCCAGCUUGCGAAACAUCCCGCGGUUUCGAACUUGCUCACGCACUCCUCAUAGUAGCUUCCUUUGCCGAUACGGCGACGGUUUCCGAGGUCGCAGUCGUCUCCGAUUUUGACAGCGCUCACAGUAGAAGCAGCGAGUCCAAGAAUGAAAAGAGCAAACAAACGAUCAAUAGUGCAAGUUUUCACGAGGACAUGCUUUCACCCUGGCGCCAGCAGUCAAGUGCCUUUGCAGGUAAGGAAGAUAGGAAGAAAAAAGAAAGAGAUGAAACUGAUGAGGAUUGUAUGCUGAGGGCUCCUUUUAUGCAAAGCCUCAGCCUGAGUUGUCUUUGGGAAUUCCCAGACUCUUUUCUUUUGAUUCUUACCGCUUCCCAUUUACGUCUGGGAUACUGUGGUGGCGUUUUCGAACAAAUGGGAAUCAGAUUUUUGAUUUUUCAGGCAAGUGGGCAGUUAACAGGAUACCAAUUAGUGCAGAGACUGCUCAAAUAUGUGUGGCCCAAGGAUAAACCAGAAAUCAAAAGAAGAGUUUUAGUUGCCCUCUCCCUCUUAGUAGCAGCGAAAUUGGCCAACGUCUCCGUUCCAUUUCUGCUUCGAGAUGUCGUAAACUAUUAUAACGGAAAGGCUCCCGAAUUUCUGAAGCUAACUUUUGCUGGAACAGCUUCACAAACAAUUUUCACCGCUGGAAUCGCCACAUGUAUCGCCUAUGGUUUGGCUCGUGCUACUUCCGCCGCAUUCAACGAGCUAAGAAAUGCAGUAUUUGCCAAAGUUGCCCAAAAUUCUGUCAGGAGCAUCUCCAGAUCAAUUUUCCUUCAUCUGCAUUCUCUGGAUCUGUCUUUCCAUCUCAACAGACAAACUGGAGCACUUUCAAAAGCCAUUGACAGAGGAACAAGAGGAAUGAGCUUCGUUCUCUCAUCCUUAAUCUUCAAUCUCAUCCCUACCGCUGUGGAGAUUGGAAUGGUUUCAGCUCUAUUCACAGGAACACUUGGAGCUGAAUUUGCAUACAUGACAAUGGGAAGCAUCGGAAUGUACGGAGUAGCUACGUUGGGAAUUACAAGAUGGAGAACCAAGUUCCGUCAUCAGAUGAAUCAAGCAGAUAAUGACGCUGGAAACAAAGCCAUCGAUUCUUUGAUCAACUACGAAACAGUUAAAUAUUUCAACAACGAAAAAUUCGAAGCUGAUAGAUACGAUCAUUUCUUGAAAAAGUAUGAAGGCGCGUCGUUGAAGACAACUUCAUCUCUGGCUCUUCUCAAUUUCACACAAAAUGCCAUUUUUUCCGGAGCUCUGAUUGGAGUUAUGUGCAUGGCGGGAAAUCGUAUUGCUGCUGGAGACUUCACCAUUGGAGAUCUCAUUCUAGCCAACACGCUUCUCUUCCAGCUCUCGAUCCCAUUGAACUUCCUGGGAUCCGUCUAUCGCGAAGUGCGUCAGGGUCUUGUAGACAUGAAUCAGAUGUUCUCUUUGCUAACGUUGAAACCAAAGAUUGUCGAAGUUUCUGAUGCGAAGAAAUUGGAAAUCACAGGGAACCACAUCACUUUGAAUUUCGAAGAUGUGCAUUUUGGAUAUCUUCCCGAGAAACCAAUUCUUCAAGGAUUGAAUUUGGAAAUUCCAGCUGGCAAGAAAGUGGCAAUUGUCGGAGGAAGUGGUUCUGGAAAAUCAACUAUCGUCCGUCUUCUCUACCGUCUUUACGACACAGAGUCUGGAACAGUCAAAAUUAACGGAGAGGAAACGCGUAGUUUGACUCUAGAUUCACUCCGUCAAAGCAUCAGUAUCGUUCCACAGGAUUCUGUACUUUUCCAUGACACCAUUUACUAUAAUUUGGCAUACGGUAGACCAUCAGCAUCCAAGGAAGAGGUUAUUCAAGCGGCGAAGAUGGCUGAUUUACAUGAAUCAGUUCUCAGAAUGCCCAACAGUAACAAAAUAAACAAUUGUUUCCAGGGAUACGAAACGUUAGUUGGCGAGAGAGGCUUGAAGCUGUCUGGUGGAGAAAAACAGAGAGUCGCCAUCGCAAGAGCGAUUUUGAAAAAUGCUCCAUUUGUUAUUUAUGACGAAGCAACGUCAUCAUUGGAUGCUAUCACCGAAGCGAACAUCAUGAAAGCGCUCAAAGGAGCCGUUGAGAAAAGAACAUCGUUAUUUAUUGCUCAUCGAUUGGCCACUAUUGUAGACGCAGAUAUUAUUUAUGUGCUUCAAGAAGGAAAAGUAGUUGAAAAGGGAUCUCAUUUUGAUCUUCUAGCUCAGGAUGGUCUAUAUGCCGAAUUAUGGAGAUCUCAGAACAUUCAUGGAGUAGCGCCUAAAAAGACAAAGCAAGAUGAUGAUGAUCUUCUGUUAGAACUGGAUCUUGAUAAGUGUUGCGGUAGUUCUAGCUGCAACCGAUAG